AUGUCGAACACAGCUUCUGACCUCCAUAGCCGUCUUCUCCGAUUAUCUGAACCAAUAGCAGAGAUUCUCAGACGCACACAGUACACACCGGAAGAGAGCAGCAAAGUAUCCACCAAAGAUGUACUCCUGUCUCUGUUACCAAACACUUCGUCUCACAGUCACGCUUCCAUCAAGAACCUCGCGCUUGCUUGUGCCCUUCUCUCUUCCUCCCGAUCCUCCACUCACGAACUCCUCUCAUGGAUCCCAGAAAACCUCUCAGCCGCGGGGGAAUCUACAUUCUGCGAAGCUUCUCGGGAUUAUUUCAGUGAUUUUCCCGAUAAUGACGCUGAGAAGCUGGAAGAACCAGUGGUGGUUGAUAGUGAGAAGGCGAGGUUGGUGAUCGAAUUGUUGCCGAUGGUGUUGCCGGAGUUGAAAGAGAGUAUCGAAGGAAGCUCAAUUGGUAAGAGCAAUGAUGGAGAGGAUGUUUCAGCUUCAAUGGAGAGAAAACCAGUUGGUUAUGCGAUCCUUGCGGCUCACCAGCUCAGCUGGUUUGUGACUCAGGUUGAGAAACCGAAUUUGGCGAAAUGCUGUAACUUGGUGGUUCCUUGUGCUUUGACAGCACUUGAUCAUUGGUCUCCUCAAGUCAAAGGGCAGGGUAUGAUAAGCCUUGUACAUCUCGCUAAAAACGUGAGUUCAGGUGAUCUCGGAUUGUAUGGAGAUGUGGUUCUUGAUGCGUGUUGCCAGAAUAUAGCUUCAGAUGAUGAGAUUUGGAUCCAUGUGGUGGAGUUAUCUGUGCUUCUUGUGACCAAAAUCCACCAAAAUAAUCCCCGUAGCUCAUGGCACGAGAGGAUCAUGAAUGAGAUGCUUGGCCAUUUGGAACGUCAACCAAGAAAUAAGGAGCGGCGUAUCGCUUGGCUAAGAUUCAUUGAACCACUCUUGGACGCUUUGGGGCUAUUCUUACUUGCUCAUUUCCGACGCAUCUUCCCUCUUUUCUUUCAGUGGAUGCAUUCAGAUGACGCCGACACCGUUUUGUUGGUUCUUGAGAGGCUGGAGACGGUCGUGAGGUUGACGUGGAUUAGAAACUCACCCGUUAUCCCAAGAUUGGUGGAGGAGCUUGUUUCCUUGUACAAAGAGUCAUCAAUGCGUAAAGAGCGCGAUGAGAUUAGAUCUCUUAUCCUCCGUAUCUUGAUGCUACUUCGCCAGUAUGUUCCCAUGGCUUAUCAGAUGCACUUGUCAAAGAUAAUUUAA